AUGUACAUACAUACACAGACACAUGUACACACAGACACACAUGUACACACACACAUGUACACACACACACAUACAUAUACAUACAUUCAGACACAUGAACAGAUACACACAUGUACAGACACACACACACGCACAGCCCUAUAAAAAGUUGCAGUAUUUUGUUACCUUCACUCACAGAGCCGGGUACUGCACUCUAGGGGAUGGCAGAGAGCACAGCACACACUCCUUCCUUUGCUUUCACUUUGCUGAACUAUUGAGCAGUCUGACGGCUCCCAGUGCGAGUGACAGAUCCGGCCCUGAGUUCCGAGCCUGCUCAGCAAGACGGCCCUGGGGACACACUCGCCCCACCAUAAUUUCCACUCGCCAUUGGCGAGCAGGCAAGUGGAAAUUUCAAGGCCUGCUCUAGUGAAUUG